CUCCCAUGAGGGGACGUGACGAGCGCGUGGUGCCGUCAUCGUCCUUUUAGCAAAAAAAUUACACAAAAGGGAAAAAAAAGAAAACGUAAACGUCCGUUUCCACUCGGCCUUUUUUGCGACUAUUCAACAGCUCGGGACGCAGCCGCGAGGAAUGCCGCGAGAUCCACUUAUUGGGCUGGUGGGGAAGCCUUCCAGCGGGAAGAGCACCACGCUUAACAGUCUGACGGACGCCAGCUCGAAAGUAGGCAACUUCCCCUUCACCACUAUAGACCCCCAGCGCGCGAUAGGAUACCUGCAGAUCCCGUGUGCCUGUUCUCGAUAUCACCUUGAGGCCCGGUGCGCGCCCAACUACGGCUCAUGCGUCAACGGCAAGCGGUCUGUACCCAUCGAGCUGCUCGAUGUCGCUGGCUUGGUGCCCGGCGCGCAUGAAGGCAAGGGCCUGGGCAACAAGUUCCUCGACGACCUGCGCCAUGCCGACGCCCUUAUACACGUCGUCGACGUGAGCGGGACCACCGAUGCGGAGGGCAAGGCGACGAGGGGCUACGACCCCAGCAACGACAUCGUCUGGCUGCGAGGCGAGAUCGUGCGCUGGAUCCAAGGCAAUCUCAUGGAGCGGUGGGGCAGCAUCAAAAGACGACAUGUCGCUGUGAAGGCGAACGCGGUCGAAACGCUGCAGAAUCAGUUUUCGGGCUACGGCAGCACCAGCUCGAUCGUGGCCCGCGUCCUGGACAAGUUGGCCAUCAAGGAGCCCCUCGAGCAGUGGUCCGACGAGACGAUCGAGCGGGUGAUCAACGCGUUUGUGGAUGAGAAGUUUCCAACCGUCAUCGCGCUGAACAAGAUCGACCAUCCAGACGCAGACAAGAACAUCAUGAAGAUAUCCAAGAUGUACCCUCCCGAAACGCUCGUCCUGUGUUCGGCCAUCUCGGAGGUCUUCCUCCGCCGCCUGGCCAAGCAGGGCUAUAUCCGCUACCAAGAGGGACAGGACUACAUAGAAACGCGACAAGACCUCAUCGACGACGGGGAUCCGAACGGCGGUGGCCUCAAGGAGCUCGACGAGAAGCUAGCGGCCCGCCUAGACAACCUUAAGGACAUGGUGCUGUACCGCUUCAACGGCACGGGCGUGGUGCAGGUGCUCACUCGCGCAAGCGAACUUCUUGGCCUCGUGCCCGUGUUUCCGGUCAGAAGCGUCGGUUUCCUUAAGGAAGGCGUGUCGGGUAACGAGAAAGUGUUUAGGGAUUGUGUGCUCGUGAAAAGGGGUAGCACUGUUGCGGACGUGGCGAGGAAGGUGAUGGGCGACGUGCCUAUCGCGUACGUGGAGACCGUAGGUGGCGUAAGGGUCAGCGAAGACGACGUUGUCAAGGUCGGAAAGAACGAUAUUUUGUCGUUCAAGGUCGGCAGGGCGUGAAUUCCAUCCCUCCCGCUUUUCUCGACGCGCCUGUUGGACUUGGUCACUUCUGGGCUCGUCUGUCUAACGACUGUCAAAGAUCUCUACGGCCCGUCAAACGUGCCAGAUGGGUCUUUGGACACGACCGAAUGGAAACGAGAGGAAAUGUGCGCCUACUCGGCGACGUCCUGAUACGGAGGCUACUCAUGUACUUUGCGGUCUUCGAAGACGAACACUUUAUGCUUUCAGAAUAAUAUAGACGGGCCCUUCUCGUCCCCAGCUUCAUAAAGCUUACAUUUCGGGGCACGGGUGGGUUUUCUAAUCACCGUUCAUCUGUCACGCAUCUUUCAAGUCUCAUGUGCGGUGCAGUUCGAUUCGCCGUGUUGAUCAGAUCGCCAUGUGUACAUUUAAAUGCCCAUUAAACCUCCCCCGCGGUUUGUCUCCUGGUCUGUUCUUAAAUGCAACCAAUCCUUACCUAUCUGUUACCUCUUUCUUUUUAAAAUUUUCUUUCUUUU